AUACUAGUCAAACUAUUCUUAAUGCAUCUUUAUCUAGCGCAAAUUCCAUAUCCGAGUUAUCCUUUGACGCGUACUUUCUUAUGCUUAUACAUGUUCCUUUGAAUCCUAAUAUGGCAUCUAUUUCUAACGAAUUAUAUGAAAAUUAUUUGACCGGUACAAAUUUAAAUGUUAAUAACGCCUUUAAUAACCAAACAUCCCCAAAUUUGCCAUUUUUAAAUACAAAUUUACCUUCGAAUAUUUUGACUUCUAUACCUUUAAAUUCAUUUCAUGAAAUGAAUUUUCAGCGAUUUAAUUUAACAAAUAAAUUAAAUGACUUAAAUUCUGUAUUUACCCAAGAACACCAAACAUUUUUUAAUAUAAAUGAUUUAAAUUUACAUUUAAUUAAUUCUUCAUAUAAUGAAAAUAAUGUUGCUUCGUUUGAAAGAAAUCAAAUCACAGAAAACACACCGAUUAUACAAUCAAAUAAUUAUAAUAUACUCUUAUAA